AUGUCUCCCAGAAUUGCUCGUGUCGCGUCAGAACCUGUUCCAGCAAUCGCGGACGAGCCACGCACAAGCGCACAAACCAACCAACCAGAGGCAAUCGACCCUCUCGUAGCGCAGCUCGGGCAACUGGCCUCGCAACACCAUGCAAGUGACUAUAACCGCAUGAAGUUCGGAAGCAAGGGCUCUCCCUUGGUGUAUGUGCCGUACUCGGUGCAAAUGCCCGACCAUUACAAGGAGAUGCAGGCCUAUCAAUUGCGGUGUUCGGAGCGGCAAGCUUGGUGGCACAGCGAAAAUCGCCCGUCUCAGCCCGACUUGUGCGAGGAAUUGUCGGCAGCGAUAUCUGCUCCUCUCGUUAUCCCGCAACCGCCGCAAGCUGGCUGGCAAACGUCCGAAACACACCCCAUUGUAAUAUCGACAGUCAUACCCUCCGAACUAUUGCCUAUCAUAUCGUCGUACUUAGAGCGCUGCACGGACGACUACCCUACGAUAUUCCGACUACCGCGGUCACACCUGCUAGACCGUGCAAUGCCCCGACGUGUGGAGCCGCCUGCGCCCAUCCCCGUUCCGGCCCCGGUCAGCUCCCCUUCACAUGCACAAUGCCCUCAGCCGCCACGGACGUCAAGCUCCCACUCUAUCACCAAGAGCCUGAAGCUACCAACCUUCUUUUGGGUCCAUCCGAGCGUGAGACGCGCCUUCCUAGGCGAUGCGCCGGCUCUUCGCCCAAGCAUAGUGAAGCGUCCGCGACCGGCCUCAUUUGGAGCUUCGAGUGCCGUGCAGUAUCCGGCCUUGCCGCUGGAGUAUAAGAGGCCGUCUGUUGCCCGGAACAUCUCGUCGCCGAACAUCUUCAAGACGAAGAAGAAGGAGCUCGAGACAAGCGUGUCGUCGACCAUUCUGCAGCAGGUUGAUUUGGCAGUGCCACGCCCGCACCCUGCGCGAUUACCGAAUGCAGCCCUCGUCCACCCACCGGGCAUCGCAAUCCCUGAAGUCCCCCGAAUCCCACCCAUAGGCACGGCCAAACUCAUUGGCAACCUAUAUCUAUCGUCCUGCCCGGGCAAAAAAGUACGGCUCGACGGUCCUGUUAGAGGUCGUGGCACUGUCUGCAGGGAUUUGAGGUCUGACCUGGAGCGCAUCAAAAACGUCGGCACUGCUUGUCUGGUCUGCCUUCUCGACGACCACGAGCUGCAGGCUCUCGGCGUUACGUGGGAAGACUACGUGCUGGUCGCCGCAGAGCUUGGAAUGGAUGUGCUACGAUUACCUAUACCGGAAGGUCUCCCUCCGAACGACCCCGCUACGUUGGACGCACAUCUUACCAAGCUCAUCGAGAGAUACACGCUGCGUGGGUCUGCGAUACUCGUACACUGUCGUGGUGGUGUCGGGCGUGCGGGUAUCAUUGCGUGCUGCUGGAUGCUCAAGCUCGGGCUGUGCGGAUGGCUCGACGCCAAUGUCGAUGCGAGCUUGCAUCAAGCCAAGGACGACCAAAUCGACGCCGAGACGAUGCACCUGGUCGAGCGGUUGAUCAGCGUGGUGCGGCGACGGCGGAGCCCGAAGGCGAUCGAGACGUACGAGCAGGUGCGCUUUCUGGUCGAGUACGUCACAUUCCUGCGGGAGCAGCGGGAGUCGAACCAGAAAAGCGAGGCUCAGGACUGGUUUGCGGACUGGGAGACCCGUGUGGAAUGAAGACAAUUUGCGAGGCAAGGCCUCCGCUCUUACUAUCUGGUACCGUCCAUCUCUGCAUACACACGCUUCAUAUAUCGCACUUGGACUUGAUACCACACCUACUGUAGAUACCACGUGGAUUGCUGUUUCUAGACGUUCUCACGAAUAGGGGACCGUAUCUCAUGAACAACCUAUGGACUCUCUGCAUGUGUCCUGUUGACGUACGC